UACAGUCCGUGGGUGAUGACCAUGACCAGCUCGACCACUCUGUGCAGGCGCCUCUCAUAUCCAGUGAGCCGUGAACAUUCUUCACCUCUUAAAGGAAUAGCCAGCAUUUCUGAUCAUUUAAACACCCAUUGAGUCUAUUAGAUCUAAACAAGACUUGAGCUUGAGAAUGUACCAGAUACAGAGAGCAGUCCGACACCAGGCGCAAAGUUUGUUCCGGCCGCGGGUUUGUGGCGCACGAAGUUUGGCAGCCCUCAAAACAACCGUCACCCGAGCAGAGAGCACCCGGGCGGAAGAGAGCGGUGUAUACGACACGGCCGCUCGGCCGUUCGAGGAGAUCCCCGGGCCGAAGGGUCUUCCGUUCAUUGGAACGGGGUGGGACUAUUCUCCUUUUGACGUCCCGGACAAACAUCGUGUUACAUCAUCAUACGGUACGGACAUGGGGAAGUCCAGACUGGUCGCUGCUGCGGUUCUGUUGGUCAGCGUUCUCUGUAGUACGUGUUUUUUAUUCAUCCGGACUGGGGGACGAAAAAACGCCUGGGCCUUGAAUCCUGUUUCUGAUCUCAGGGCCCAUUUGCGAGAAGCCUUCAACUUUUCGUUAGAGAUAUCUCUAACCAAGAAAACUUGUAAAGUCGGGCAGAUCUUCACUUACAAGGAAGAAGAAAACACACAAACAGCCAUGACCAAGACUCUCUACGACCUACUCCCAAGCGCUGCGGCACCCUUUCGUCCAAGCGGGUACAAGUCGUGUAGUGUCGUGGGUAACGGUGGGAUCCUCCUCAAGUCGGGCUGUGGGAAGGACAUCGAUGCCGCCGACUUCGUCUUCAGAUCGAACCUCCCUCCACUUGCCACCUUUGAGAAAGACGUUGGGCUCAAGUCGAACUUCACCACUAUGAACCCUAGCGUCAUUUCAACGCACUACAACGAGUUUAAGACAGCGGAGGACUCGGAGAGGUUUGCGAGGAGAAUAGAAGAGUUGGGGAACUCCUUUCUCCUUGUACCUCCGUUUAUUACGAAGACCAGCAAAGGCAACGUCGAGCGUUUGAUCAAGAUAUUGACAGAACACAGAAGCAAGCUUCGAGUGCAGCCGCUCUUUGUGCCUACGGGUGUCUUUGACAAAAUUGAACGGUUUUGGAGAGAGCGAAGCGGUUAUGAACUGCAGGAGACAAGGUUAUCGACUGGGUUGUACAUAGUGACCUUCGCCCUGUCCCUCUGCGAGCACGUCAACAUCUACGGGUUCUACCCGAGUCACAUGAGUCCGUGGAUGUCAUACCUCCGGUACCACUACUACUCACCUUACAGCUUCCUUGGGCCCAGCCAAGUGGGGCCAUGGGCGAUUCACGACAUGGCCGAGGAAUUCGCCAUGUUGGAAAACCUUCACAAACGGAACAUAGUGCGGCUAAGAUUGCGAUGUGACGAUUGAAAAACUUACAGCGCUUACAGAGCGCUUCGCUACUUGUUAGGUUGCUUCUGUAUCUGCGGCUAUCAGGUCUUACUUGGAAGUCACUGGUAUGCUGAAAGACAGAUGACUCAAUAUCUGGAACGCACGGUAGCUUUUUGCAACAAGAAGGUGCCAGUUUCAUGAAAAAAUUCGUCCUACUUCAACUUUCUUAAAACGGGCAAUUUUUUAUUUAGCUUACUAGUAUUUUGUGCGUUCCUGAGCUAGACUAUGCACUCCGGAGCUGAAAAGUGCGCUCCGGAGCUGCUCUUAUACUGGGCUGUUCACUGAGAAACACGAUGGUUAGAAGGCAUUUUUCUCCCUCAGACCCUUGUAUGGUGACAUCCAUGCCAAACGACAUUUACAUAGUACUAGACUUUCUAGAAAAUUAAGAGUGUGAGGCUGUAUACUAGUGAUAUGGUCAAAUGCAUUUUCUGUUAGACUACAACAGAUUUUUGAUGUCUUUGCAAUGUGUGUACAAUGGAAUAAUUUCUCACAACAAAAAAGGUGUUUGUUUAUCAACUUUAUUAACAUCAAAACACGGCAAAGGCAGUUCCGAUAAGAAACAUCUCUGCAACACAGGGACAUGCUCCCCUAGCCCUAUCCAUGCUUUGUCAGUCUGGUAUACAAGUCAAGAAAAUGUUACACCUUUCCUCUCACUUUAAUAUUGUAUGUACAAAUACCAAACUUAUCAAUAUAGAAUAAUCUGCAUCAUCUCUUCCAUGGAUAGUCAAUUCAUUCAUGACCUUUCCAGUUAGAAGUUCACUUAAAUUGUUCAACAAUUUUUUUUCAUUGAACAUUUUUGUAGACUGAGAUGGAAAUUUCCUUCAAUUUGGCAAGAUUUCAUAAAGAAAUUUAUUUUGCUUGGCCUCAGUAACAAUAUCACUUUAACAUCACUGCUUCAAACAAUUUGUCAUGUGCUUCGAAGCGAAUGCGUGAUAUAUACUAGUAGAUGGCUUCAUAUCGCUUUUCUGCAAGAACUUUCCACAUUGUACCUCAUGAGAAUACUGUACUACUUUACGGUCACAUUUUGCUCUCAAAAAAAUUUAGGGGAACCUUGAUCCAUGCAAACAUUAUGUACUGUGCUUCACAGCAACUGUCACAUCAAAACCAGCUCUAUAAAACACUGAUCUUUCUGCUUAUUAUCAAUACCAGUAAAAAAAUAGUUUCACUAUAAUGGCCUUAAUGACACAAGAAUACUUGGAUUUACUACAAACUGGCAUCACAAAAAGGUCCACAUUGAAAG